ACACCCCCCAGGACACAAAGAAAGAAGCCUUCCUGUCCCCGAGCACAAUGCGCCUCGCCGGAAUCCUCUCCGCCUCCACCGUCCUCCUCCCCCUUCUCCUCGUCCUCGGCGCGUCUCCGCCGUGCCAUGGCGCCUCAGGCCACAACAUCACGGACAUCCUCGCGGCCCACCCGGACUUCACCGAGUUCAGCGCCGCCCUGACAAGCACCGGCGCCGCGGCGGAGAUCAACAACCGCACCACCAUCACCGUCCUUGCCGUCGACAACGACGUGAUGUCGCAGCUCAAGGCGCAGCAGCUCCAGCCGAGAGACCUCGAGCGCGUGAUCUACCUCCACUGCCUCCUGGACUACUUCGAUGCCACCAAGCUCGGUAGCAUCCGGGGUGGUUUCGUCCAGGCCACUAGCCUCUACCAGGCAACCGGCAAGGCGCAGGGAGGAGAAGGAAUGGUGAACGUCACCAUGUUCCGCGGCGGGCGUGUCGCGUUCGCUCUGUCCGGCACCUCGAACGUGCCGCCGGCCGCGUUCUACCAGAAAUCCAUCAAGGAAGAGCCCUACCAAAUCGCCGUCCUGCAGGUGAGCGCCCCGAUCUGGUCUCCAGCGCCGGUGGCCGGGGCGCAGGCGCCCGCUCCAGAGCCGCCGGCGCCGGGAUUGGCGGAUCUCCUGUCCAAGAACGGGUGCGGGGGCUUCGCCAGCCUCCUUGCCGCGACGGCCGACGCUGCGGCGAAAUUCGAGCGCAGCGCCGGCGGCGGCGGCGGGCUCACCGUCUUCUGCCCCGACGACAAGGCGGUGACGGCCUUCGACGCCACCUUCAAGAACCUCAGCGCCGACGGCCAGCUCGCGGUCCUGCUGUACCACGGCGUGGCGGCGCACUACUCCGCGCAGUCUCUCAAGACGAUCAAUGGGGAUGUGAACACACUUGCCACUGACGGAUCCAAGGGCUACAAGUACAACCUCACCGUCCGUGCUGACGGCGACACGGUGGAACUGUCGUCGGCGUCCCAGAGCGCGGCCAAGGUGACCAAGACGGUGGUCGACAAGGGGCCCCUCGCAGUCUAUCUCAUCGACGCCGUGUUGCUGCCAAGUGAGCUCUUCAACGCCAGCCAUGGCCGCACUGCGCCCGCUCCUGCGCCGGCCUCGUCACCUGCCCAUGCGCCGCCACCUGCUCCUGCGCCGGCCUCAUCGCCUGCACAUGCAACUCCACCUGCUCCUGUGCCGGCCUCGUCGCCUGCACAAGCACCCACACCGCCAGCCAUUGCGCCGGCGACUCCACCUACGCCCAGGCGCCACCCCGCGCCACCACAAGAGGCGGACACCCCUGCGGAUUCGCCGGACGCCGACAGCCAGCCGCCUGCAGAUCAGAAGAACAACGGAGCUAGGGACACGGUGUCUUGGAGUCUUGGCAUGGUGGUGGCCGCCGCGGUGCCGGUGAUCGUGCUCCUGCUGCAGUGAAGGGUUCAUGCUGGUUAGAAUGAUUUCGAUUUGGUGUUCCCGUGACCAAUCAUCUUGAUUACAGGUUAGCAUGGAAACAGUGUUUAUGGGCAUGUAUUGGUCAAAAUAAUAUGAUCCUGAUUAUUGUGCCUG